ACAAAUUCAGCGUGAGCUUUAUUUCCCCUUCUGUAUGUGUUCCCUCUUAGAUGUGAAGAGCGAAGAGUGUCGUAAGCCUGAUCAAAACCAGCGAUGGCCAUGUUUGUGUUAGCUUUGCUCUUCUGCAUCGGUCUCCAAGGCUGUGCUCUGACUGAGUCUCUGAGUACCAGCGGUUUGCAGAGUGUUCCAGAUGCUCUGGCAAGAGGGGAUGUCUGCCAGGACUGCACCAAAAUAUUUGAACUCCUUGCUGACCUGCUUUCCAAUGCAGACCUCCAGAAAAAGAUCAUGAAUGGCAUCGACGGUCUGUGCGCGCACCUGCCGGGGGCGACCGCCAAACUCUGCAAAGAAGAAGUGGACAAGAUGCUCCCGGUGGCCAUCACCUUUGUUACGGGUGUUGCAAAACCAGGAGAGAUCUGCAAAAUCAUGGGCCUCUGUGGCUCCGGCGAGAGAAAUGAGAAGAUGCUGAGCUACUUUGUCUACGAGGCUUUUGAGGCAGGUGCGAUGAGAGAGGUAAAAACCACAAGACAAUGCUCCUUCUGCAUUUUCCUCUUCAAGACUUUGGAAGGCCUGCUCCCAAAGGAGAGGACUGAGGGCGCUGUGAUCAAGCUGCUGGAAGAGAUUUGUUUGAUAGUGCCCUCCUCCUACCGAAGCCAGUGUGAGACCAUCGUCGGCAACGUCAGCAAGACACUGCUGGACGCGCUGGUGGGCCACGCCACCCCGGAGGCCAUCUGUGCCCUGAUCCACAUGUGCAAAGGCCAGGGGGCCCUGGAAGUGGAUCCGUGCACCAUGACAGCGUACAGGUGCAGAGAUUUCGAGACGGCCCUCAAAUGUGGAGUAAAAUGUUUUCUACUGUCAGAAAUUCGCCUGGACUUCUCUGAACUAAGAUUUAAAGGCAGUUCAAAACAGAGUUGGAUCAAAAGAUCCAUGGACUGAGAGUGGAGGAUGACUGCAUCACUUCUACCUGUUGGCUUUUCUUUAAAAUCCUAACGCGGUAUCUUUCUGCAUUGUAUGGUGAUUUUGCUUCCUGAUAUUAUACAAACUGCACUGAAAAGAAAAAUUCAACAAAAACUAAACUCUGAACUGCAUGCAGAAAAUAUAUAAAAGCAUCGUUAAAGGCUCUUAUGGUCACAAUUUUGGUUCUUCUGCGUACUUUGUGGUAAUUUUCUUGUUCAUGAAGUUUCCUGAUUUCUUCAGCCUCCAUGAUGCUAGUCUUGGACUCAUUCACAAAUUUGUAUUAAAUACUUUGUGACAUGGCUGACUAAAUGAGUACUUGCUUAUAAUGAAUAAAUCUAAAGUCAAAAAGGGUUUUGGUCUCUGAUCAUGCAUUUAGAAGAACUCACAACUCAGAGAUAUAUCUUGAUUAAUAGAAAUGUAUGUCACAGUGCUCCAUAAUAAGCUUGAUUUAUAAUAAACACACGCAUAGAGAA